AUGGUGGCGGCGCUGCUGGGCCAGCCAGCGGCGGUUCUGUCGGAGAGGCAGGCGCCGCGGCUCACGACGCUGCUGGUGAACUUGACGGUGGAGCGGAGCCUGUGGCUGGUGCGCGUCAUGCUGGGCGUCGAUGCCACCGUGGCCGACCUCGCGCGCGCCGCCGUCGCCGCCAACAUCGCUGAGGGACGCAGGCCGCCGCUCCACACCGACGCCAAUGAGGUCGACGCGACCGCACGGUUCGAGCUGCAUCUCUCAAAGUAUUCCCUCGACGCGCUGAACCUUGACGAGAAUGUGCUGGAUCUGGGGUCUCGCAACUUCUUCUCUGCGCCAGAAUAUUCUGAAUGGAUUAUCUAUACAGGGCCAGUUCAACUGAAGUUUGACCCGUUUGUAUUGCUAAUGAACUGUGAUUCUGUUUUAAAUGAUAAGGCUGGUUUGACACCAGGUGGUGCGGAGGUUGUUGCUGAGAUGGCUGCGAUUUGA